UGUUCUACCAGAACUGAUGUGAGCUCGAGCACAUGCCACGUUGGGAGGAGAGCCAAGUCUGAACUGAACUGCCAGCAACAGGGGCUCGCGAGGACCAUUUUUAAUUUAACCCACCUCCAAACUCAACUCAACCAAGUGGUUUUUAAACAAACCCUUUUGAAAACAAACUGAGCCCACUGAGGAUCUUGAGAGACUCGCAAGGAUGCACUUGUUGUCCGCCAGCUGCGUGUGUGCCCUCCUCAUCACCGUGCUCGUCCGCCAAGUCAGCGGUUUAGAGACUGUUAUCGGCCUGCAUGGGGAAACACUCGAGAUCCCCUGCAACAAUGGAGCCAUAAAAGCAGAAGACAUCCUAAUCACUAAAUGGAAAUAUGACAAAGGAGAGGGACUUCCAGGAGACCUGCUGGUCAAGCAGAAAAACCAGAAUGUCUCAAUCAGUGCCACUGAUGAAUAUAAGGGUCGUGUGAGCAUGGCUGCAAACUCCAGCCUGCUGCUUUCUGAGGCCAAGUUGACUGACCAGCGGACUUUCACCUGCAUGGUGGUGGCUGGUGCAGACAUCACAGAAUAUCCUGUCAAUGUUGUGAUUUACAAGGCACCGUCAAACCUGGAAAUUUCUGACAAAGCGGAGGAAAUAGAGAUUGGCAAGCGUACAAAGCUAGGAAAAUGUGUUGCACAAGACGCCAAUCCAGCUGCAGAAAUCACAUGGUUAAAGAACAAUAAACCUCUGGUGGCUGAUGGGAAAGGGAUUUUCAUUAAAGCCUCGGUGCUGGUAGACCCUGUUACUGGCCUUACGACCACUACCUCUGAACUGGAGUACUCGGCCGAGAAGGAAGACAUGGACGCCCAGUUCACCUGCAGCACUCAGCACGCCGUGGGUGCAGAGCUGGUGUCCUCUCCAGUGAUCUUCACUAUCACCUAUUCCACAGAGAACAUUGUCCUUCAGGUCAUUGCUCAGGACCCUCUAGUAGAAGGAGCCAACAUGACUCUGAAGUGUGUGGCAGAUGGUAACCCAGCUCCUACCAGCUUUAACUUCCACAUUCAGGGCGAAGUGGUGAAAGUGGAAGACACAGACUCUUACACCAUCACAAAGGUCUCACGUGACACCACUGGUGAAUACAAAUGCUCUCUCAUUGACAACCCAACAAUGGAAGCAUCUAAGGACAUCACAGUCAAAUACCUAGACAUCAAUUUAAACCCCUCUGGAAAUAUCGUCAAGAGUGCCGGUGAGACCUUGGAUAUAACUCUCCAGAUUGAUGCUUCCGGAGAAUCAAAGGUCUCAUGGACAAAGGAUAAUCUUAAACUGGACAAAGAGCCCAAGUUUACCAAGGUGACUUACGCGGACUCCGGUCGCUAUGAGUGCGAAGUGACAAUGGGGCUCCUCAGCCGGAAAGCUUCUUUUGAGCUGGUUGUCGAAGAUGUAUCUGAAGAGUUACGUCCUGUUGCAGGUGCUCCAGUUAUCAGGCAGCUAUCCAAACAGCGCGGUGAAGACGGCAAACAUGAAGUCUUGAUUUGUGAAGCUGAAGGUUCUCCAAAACCAUCUGUUUCCUGGAGCAUCAAUGGCACCUCGCUUGAUGAGAGUCCCUUCGUCAACGGAAAGAUAACACACAAGAUCGCAGUUGUGCCUACUGCAAAUCUGACUGUCUCUUGUACAGUGUCCAAUGACUUUGGCGUGGACACCAAAAAUAUAAGUGUGUCAUCCCUAUUUGAGGAUGUGAGAGUGGAUAAACAAGACCAAUUAGAGGAUAGUGACCAAACCAAGUUGGUGGUUGGAGUUGUAGUCGGCCUCCUCGUCGCAACUCUUGUUAUAGGCCUGGCAUACUGGGUCUACAUGAAGAAAUCCAAGCAAGGAAGCUGGAAGACUGGUGAAAAGGAGAACGGGUCUUCUGAGGAGGAGAAAAAGCUGGAGGAGAAAGUGGAGGAGAACAGCCAAAAAGCUGAGGUGUAAAGAAACCGCAACCAUCCUUUUGGGAAUGUGAAAGUGAGAACAUGGAACUUUUGCACAUUUCUCUCCACCUCUGUCUUUGGAAAUGAAAAAUUGAGUGUACAUUGGGAUGAAGACGGUUUGGAUUUGGUUUCAGGGAGAAUUUUACUAAAAAGCAUAUCCAAACACCCCUCCCCCCCACCCCACUCCGAGACCCUCAUACCCUCAUACCCUCACCCCUCCAUUCCUAAAAAAAAAAAAAGAAUGGAUACUGUAUGUGAUAUACAUAACUUGUCUGCACUACUGAUACAUGUGUAAACUUGUCUACUAUUAGGAUUCAUGUUUGUUAGAAUGGAAUUUGGGAAAACCUGAGAAAAUGCAGAUUCAUUUUGGUUUUGUUAGUUGAUUCAAGUAAAAUUACUACUAGACCAGUUGCCUUUGCUGUAGGGAUGUGUAGGCCUGCAUUAGUCUGUGUUUUGACUCUUUGGCCCUCAGAAACAUAGCAGGAAACGAGGGACAACACCGCCAUCGCUUCUUAGUUUAAUAUCAUCACAGUCAAAACAACCUUCUGCCUUCAACAUCGUGGUACUAAAUCUGUUUAUUUGUGCAUUUGUUUCAGUUUAUUCAUUCAGGUGUAAAAAGAUGUUGAAAUUGAGAUGAACUUCCUGAAAGGGCUAAGGGUAUAUUGUCAUACUCGGCGUUAGUUGUAGAUGAUAAUAUGAUUUGUGUUAUGUUGCAUUGCAGGAAGUAGGUGAUGUGCCAGAGUUCUUUGGUUGUACAUGAUUUUUUUAAUUUUCUGUUCUUGAUGUGUACCUCUUUGCAAAGUAAGCGGGAGAGAAAAUGACAGAAACUCAUUUUGCCAGUCUCUUUUUUCAGAUGAACUGUACAUUUAACAUAACCACUGACGACACAGGCAGGUAGAUUAUUGAGAGAAUGUAUAGCGUAACUCAACUCAUUUUUACUGGCUUUGGUUUGGCUGUGCAGAUUGUUUAACACAAAGCCAUUGUUUGCUUUCAUUUAAUUCAAGAAAAUGUCCUUGAGCCUAAAAGGGUUUUUUUUUUUUUUUUUGAUUGAUCUGUCAAGGCUGUAAGUGAAUUCAAAAUUUUUGCUCCAUCAGUGUUGAGGUAUGAUUGUUAACUGUGUAGCUAUGGAAUUAUUUUGUAAUCGAAAACACAGCGGGGACACGAUGUUUGCCUCAAAGUAGCCGUUAUGAUAUGUUUGCCUUCUUUUGAAAAUCUACCUGUGAUUGCUUCAGUUUGUGAUGUGCACUAGGAUUCAUGUUUUCAUGUCACAUUUGUGUAGAAUACAAUGGAAAACACGCAGCUGUACAUGUCACAAUUUUGGUCCUUUGAGAACAUUUGCUAAAUUUGAACAUAUAUCAAGACCAGGAUGUAAUUGUGAAGUAUGUGGUUUUAAUUUUCUUUUUGCUAUUUAUAUUGUACAAGAUAAACCUGGCAGGCAAAUUCAAUAAUUGUCACAUAAUUCAUAACUUGGAUUUAAGUCGUUGAUAAAAUUGCUUGCAGACUUAACAAAAAUGUAAUUAAGUUCUGAGUCAUCAGUAGGUUGCUCAGCGUCUGGUUGAAUAUAGAUUCAGCAUGUGAUAAUCUCAGACCUCCAAGCUGCUGUUUGUUGCCUACCUUGUUAAAAACCAUCCAAUUGGAAGAAUGACCAAAGAAAGUGAACAUUGCCAUGCAAGUAUUGUAAAUACCUGAUGUUUGUUUUUGUACUUUUGUUUAAAAUAAAGUGUACAUUUGGAAAAGUUA